CAGGGAAAAAUGAGUAGACCUAAUCCGUCUAUUUUCGAUAUUGAUGAGGACAUUGACUAUUCUAAGCUGUCCCCCAUGCUUGGCUUAGUAGACAAUGAACAGCCUGAUUACGUUGAUCAAGGUGUAAAUAACAAAGCCUCCACAGCGAAUAGUCACAAUGUAGCAAUGGUAUAUAUUUCGGGCCUUUUGGUAGGAAGCCUGUAUGGAUCAGUAAAGGGUCUCAAAUUAUCUCCCAGCCCUGUUUUCAAAAUUCGUCUCAACAGUAUGCUUAAUAAUGGGGCCAAGUAUGGAACCACUCUCGGAAAUUACCUUGGGGUUUGCAUGUGGAUGUACGGUCUGGCAAAUACUGCCUUACCUUACCUGCGGUUGGAUACCUACACCACUCGUCAUGACUAUUUGGGACCUAUCAUUUGUGGUUUCACAACGGGAUUUGUUUUUAAGUCGACUGCUGGUAUUCGAGGUGCCUGCGUGGCUGGAAUUAUUGGGGCUGGUGUUAUUACUGCCAUUCGUUUCACACAGAACACCAUAUUACCGAAGUUGGGUGUUAGCAAUCGGCGAGCCCACAUGCUGAUUCUUUAGCUUUAGAGUGCUCAUUAGGGUGGAUUGCUUUUUUCCUUU